CCGGUGCGGCGGCGCCCCUUUAAAUUUAAAUUUCGACCGUUGGCCUCUCUUCUCCUCUACUCUUCACUUCUUUCCAAUAUCAAACUGCUAUGAAUCCAAAGUUCCUGCUAUACUUUUCACGAAUUCAACGGCUUGCAUUUUCACGAUUCUACUCACAUAUCGCCAACUUUUAGAUGGGGAAACGCAUUCCCCCCCUAAAAGCUUCCAACCGCGAAAAAAAAUGGGAUAAAAUUUUCAACGCCUUGGUUAAACUCUCCCAGAAUCUGCAGAACGACAGGCUGAUUCUUGAAGAACGAAUUAAAUACUUGCACGAAUUCUUUUAUAAGAUGAAAAUGGAGCAGAAAGUUAAUUCUUUCAAAGCAGAAUUCAAUCUCGGUUUCAAGGAAAGGGAAUCCAUCAUUUUUAAGCAUAGAUAUGAGAAUGCUGAGAAUGAGGCAGCUGAAAUCAGAGAAUGGUGUGACUAUCUUGCGCACAAGUGUUCAGGGCCUAGUGAUGUAUCAAGCGAUAUAAGCAAUAAUGGUGAAAGCUCGCUAAACAAGGCGACACUUCAAGAUGAGGUGAGGAUGCUGAAAAAAGAACUUGAAAAAUCUAAAGUGGCGAAGAACUCUGAGAUUUCAGCUCUCUUGGCAGAGAAGGAGUUAUUUUGGAACCAGUAUGAGCAAAUGGAGACCAGCCUCACUGAAAAAUUGAGAAAGGAGCGCGAUGAAGCUAAGAAAGCAAGUGAAAAGGCUCAGAUUCUUAUAAGCAAGGCCGAUGAGUUACAAAUAUCAAAUGAGAAGCUAAAGACCAGUAUCACUACGAUGGAAUCUGAAUCAAUUAAAAAGAAUGAGGAGAUUGUCAAACUUAGGAAAGAAAUCGAAACCUUAAAUUCCAGAUCAAGGUCAUGUUCAACGUUACUGCGUCCCUGUAAGGGUGAUGCUGCAUCAUCUUCCAGGCGAGGCAAGAAAACUAGCGUCACUCGUGGAAGCACUGGAAAAGGGAGGAAUGAAUCAGAUUCUUCACAAACCACUAAGAAGACGACUCGUACAAAGGCAAGUGCUCAUAAGUCAACUGGAGGAAAGGCACCUAGGAAGCGAUUGAUGUUUGAUCCGCCUAUCUUUUCCACUUAAAGAUCGGCUUAGCAAACACCUGACAUUUAGCAAGUAUGUGUGUCUCUCUGUCACGUAAUCCGUUUGAACAUGACCAGAAUAUUCUACCAUAAUGAAGUCUAGCAAAAUGUUUAUUAAGAGCACUAUAAAAACCUCCUGGAGAACUGAUGGUUAAAUCUCUAACAUAAACUGACUGAAACUUAAAUGUCGAAGUGAGUGGGAGUUUCGCCUGAGGUACAUUUUGGCGUGUGUGCGAUUCUCUUACAGAAAAUGAUGUUCGAAGCCAAAGCCUCCUUUGUUUUCUCAUGUCUCACUUGAAGGGAAGUGGUUUGCAGGGAAGCAGUAGGUGGAAGAGACAAGUAGUUGUUGUUGUUAAAGUUCCCAAAUUGAAGAAUUAAUCUUCUCCAAAGUAGUUGUAUCUAGCAGCUGUCUGUAUAUAUAUUUUUACUGUGUAAUUACUUAAAUUUUCAUACUACUACAGUGUCUUCCACUUGUUGCUUGUGCUAUUAUUUCUAUCAAGGUAUAGCAAUAUAUCACUUCUUUAAAA